AAGCAAAUUACAUGAAAUUUAUCAUUUUACAUAAAUAUUAAGUCAAUUGAAAAAUAUUAAUUAAUUAUUUUAUACAUGUUGUUAAAUGGCAAUGUUCUUUACAUUUUUGACAUUUUUCAAAAAUUCUAUGAUGGCAUACCCUGAAUGCAGUUAUAAUAUCGUCCAUUGUACAAGAAGUUUAACGUGAGUAUAUUCGAAACAUUCAAUGGUAUUUUUAUAAAUAUACAUAUGCUAGUGGCAUAUUUGACUUAGUUUUAUGGGGGAAGACGAUACUAAGAUUAUUAUACACAAGCUUAUAUUCAACCCUAUUGAUAUUACCAUGAAGUGUUUUUAAUUUUAAUUUUGUGUCUGAUGGCACUUUUCAAGCAGAAAUAAUGCUAAAUAUUCAAUUUCUAGUAGCAGAUUUAAUAUUGUUUGUACUUAAUUCAUUUUUUUAAUAUAAAAUAAUAGUAAAUACUUAACAAACAAUUGAAUACAUUUGAGUAACACGAAAAUCUUUUAACAGCUUACUAUAGUUAAUAAAAAUAAUACUUAUAUAGUAAAAUAUCUCAUCAUGUAAAUCGUUAUAUAGAUAUUUGACUGUUUAUGUAACAAAAUUACUGCCAUGACUGCUCCGAGAAAAACGCCCACCAUGGACGUAGAAAAUGCCAUAAAAAAAAAAAUGUAUUAAAACAACCAUCAACAAAAAAAAAAAAAAAGCAUCUGAGUGAUAAAAAAAAUCAUUGCAUUUAUGAAUAUAGCAAAUACAUACGAGGGCAUACCCAAAAGAAACCGAACUGCUGUUGUGUGGGACAGAGUUUUAGUAGUACCGAUUUUUUUCCGGUAGGAACGUAUAAAUAUACUUCUGAACAUUCAAUAUGCCAACGGUCGUCAUCGUGGAAAGUUGUGUUACGUUGGUGUAAUAAUUUGUUUAAAACUUAUUUUUCGUACUCGUCGUUUUUGUAAUGGCUGAUUUGCGUGAACAGCGCGCGGCCGUCAAGUUUUGCUUCCUGCUCGGGAAAACAGGCACAGAAACCCUUGAGAUGUUGAAUACAGCUUACAAAGGUGAUGUUUUAGGGAAAACUUCAGUAUUUGAGUGGUUUUCCCGUUUCAAAAGUGGUGAAAUGUCGAUAGACGACCAAGCUCGCUCUGGAAGUCCUUCGAAAUUGUAAAAUUAUGUGAACUGUAUCGUUCCUUAUAUUAUAUGCUUAAUAAUAACAACUAUGCUAGGAUAACGGGGACGGGUACAGCUACUGUUUUAGAUGAAAAGAUAGAAUAUAGACAGGAAUUUGACGGGUAUUUAAAUUUGCAGUCCGCAUGCAAAGAUUAUUGUAGCCUUACAAUAUAUCAUUUAAAUCCAUACCUAUGUGUUUCCAAUAAUAAAGGACACCUUAGUGAUUAUAAUAAAUUAUUAAAACAUUGUUACAUCCAAUAGACAUUUAUCACUCUUUCUCGCCUUGUAAGGAAUCAUAUUUUAAAGCCUGUGACAGAUUAAAAUAAUAGUCUCUACAUUUGAGAAUAUUAGAAACAAGAUGAUUAAACCCAAUAGGCGGAAUAACCACAUUGAAAUUCGUGUUCAUGAAAUAAUCAACAAGACGAGGUUAUUUCGAGAGUCCAACACAUUCAAAUCCUAAUUUGCGAUUUACUUUAUUCCUAUCCAAUUAAACCGGUCAAGCUCUUUGACGAACACAAAAAUAAUAUAAUGAUAUGUACGUGCUUAUGCUCACAUACGUGACUGUAUAAAACGCCGCGAAAUAGAGUCUUACGGAUUGUAGGCAUUUACACGUUUAAAUUUGAAGGUCAACGAAACCAAGAAAAAACAAUUAUAAUUAUUACUUUGCUAAAAUUGCAUUGCUAAAAUAUACUUAUUUUUUACUGAGAGAGAUUUUAUCAAAUCAUCUAAAAAAAAAUUAAAUUGUAAUAUUUUAUAGCGAAUGUAAAACGAAAACUAUUAGAUACGUAUCCGUAGUUGAAUAUUAUAAACUAUACAAUUGUAAAUUGUGAUCAAAUAAUAUAUAUGUUUGACUAGGUAUAAGAAUAAAUAAAUAAAUUCACAUCGUGUUUGAUUCCCAACAAAAAUUACACAAUAAUAUCCUUUUCAUACGCGUACAUCAAAAAUGCGUAAGUAGGACAUGUUAGUGAACAGAAUACAUCAUCGAUUCGAAUAGUUUCAUCAUAUUUUGUAAAGAAUCCUUUAUUCAGGAUAGAAAAUUAUCACAGAAUUUAUCCGAAAGUAGUCUCUUACCAUAUAAGUGUUAUAAAUUAUAAUACAAUGUAUUGUGAUUAUAAUUUAUAUAUUUACUUUAAUUAGUUCUUUACUGAAUGAAUAAGUACAACACGUCAUGAAGUAUUCAAUCUAGUAAUAUUAUAAUGUAUAAAAUAUAAUAUAGUUUAUAUUUUUUGUGUAUUUGAAUUGGACAAUAAAUUAGAAUGAUCCGAUAUCGGCAUCACAUGUACACAUUAGAAAUAUUGAUUUUCCUUGUAAGAAUUGUAUACAAUAUAUACGAAGUUAUAACACUUGGAUUAUAAACAAAGAAAGAAACUCAACUUAAAGAAAUUUAAGUUUACAAUUAUUUUUCAUAACAUUUGGAGCGAAAUCAUCAAGUUUCUUCAGAUACAUUAUUAAAAUAAGACAUUAUCAAACACUCAUUUUCACUUCAUUUUUUUAAAUCUUCUGGUUUGACACUGAUCAAAUGACCGUAAAAAUAUAAAAAAACAGAGUCAUGUUAAGCCAUUUGGCACACAGCGGCAUCAAUUUUUAAGCACCUUCCUCCCUUUUUCAAUAAUUACUUGUAGAUGAUUUGUUGGCUAAUUCCUCCAAGUUAGUUAUUUUUUUGUUUUAUAAUAUUAUUAAAUUCAUAAUAAAAUUUCAAAAUUUUAUCUCUAUCAAAUAAGAUUGUUUCUUAGUCCUAAUUUUUUUCCUGUUUUAGGUAUACGCAGGGCAGGAUUUACCUACAAGCAAAAUAAGCAUUGCUUACGGCCAUCGAAAAAAUUCGGCCCGUAAAAUGUCUAGUUUUUAAAAAUUAAUUAUAUUACUAGCCAACCUGGCAAACGUUGUUUUCCAAUAUAAAAUAAAUUAUCAAAUAAAUCCGAACGUUAGUUCUCAUUAUCUUCUUACAACAAUUAUACGAAAAAAUUUCAUUAAAAUCGGUCGAGCCGUUUCGGAGAAACACGUGUUUCGAUUGAAAGCCCCGCAGAUAAUGAAACGCAGUGCCAUCAGCUAUGGGACGUCAAUAACUCAUAUAAAAAUAGGAAUUACUAAUAAUUAAAUAAUAAUAAAAAUGUUCGGACUUUCUUAUCUGUAUACCGUAGAUUAUAUUAUNUAUUAAUUUAAUCAAAUUUUAAAUUUAAUUUUGGAGUAAUAUACACAUUUGUAACAGUUUUAUUCAGAAUAGUUUAUAUUCGGAGUUAUAUAUUUGAUGUGGUAUAUGGACAUCAUGACAUAUUAUGAUAGUAGCAGUAAGUUGUAGCAACCCCAGGCACGUAUGCAGAGAGGUGAGUAGUAUAAAUAUGCCGGUUCUGGCGCAGCUUGAUAUUUAUCACAAUUUUAACAAUAAUUUUUACACUAUUGUAAGAUUUGUAGAUUUAUUUGAAUAUAAUGCAUCAGAUCAAAAUACAUUCUGACAUAGAAAGUAGUUCGCGCUACAGCCACAGAACGAACACUGGCCAGCUAACUACUGCGAUAGUCGACCGGUUAGGUUGAAGGAUUACCCAAACGCGAUAACAAAAACCGUUCACGUCGCAUAUAUAUAUAUAUAUCACAAAUAUCACAACUAUUUUUUCUGAAUUUUUUAAAUAAAAAACUGUCGAUAUUUAUCACAUCUAAACAAUAAUGUUUACAUUAUUUCUUUUUGAUCUUUUAAAUAUCAAUCUGUACCAGAAAAAUUUAUCAAAACCAUUUCAAAAAAUAUACAAAAUAAGAGAAAAAAAUUUAGCCCAUUGAAAUUGAGAUGUUGAAAAAAAUAAAUUUGGUAUUUCGCUGUUGGAAAAAUGAAUUGACAUGGAAUGUUGAGAACACAUUGUUGAAAACAUUGGUAAGCUUAAAACUCAAAAAGAACAUAAUUAAUAAAAAAAAAAAUAUUCAAUUUUAAUUUUGAUAUUGCAACCUUAUACCUGAAAAAAAUAGCAUUUUGAAAAAAAAUGUAUGUAAAAUGUACCGGCAUAUUUAUACUACAUAUAUGACGUGGUUUACCAUUUCGAGGUUCGGACGAACACUUCGGGUCAAAUCAUAAUGGAAACUAUCUUGGAAUAUUGGAGCUUCUUUCAAAAUUUGAACCAUUUUUAGCCCAACAUAUCGCUGUACACGGAAAUCAAGGGAAAGGACACACAUCUUAUUUGUCCAAAACUAUUUGUAACGAAUUUAUUGCACUUAUUGCAAACAAAACUCGUACAAUGAUUAUAGAUCAAUUAAAAAAAAGCCGGUUAUUUUUCAAUAAGCGUUGAUUCUACUCCUGAUAUAACCCAUAUGGAUCAACUAACUAUUAUUUUGAGAUACGUAAAUAAUGAUGGACCAGUAGAACGUUUCAUUACUUUUAUUCAUAUUAUAAGUCAUACUGGUGUAAAUCUUGCUUUGUGUUAACAUAACUUUUUGAAAGAAAAUGAUAUUAACAUAGAAAAUUGUCGUGGGCAGAGCUAUGACAACGCUAGCAACAUGAGUGGGACUUAUACUGGUAUGCAAGCAGAAAUAAAAAAGUGCAAUUCAUUUAUUGAUUAUAUUCCGUGUAUUGCACAUUCGUUGAAUCUCGUUGGACAAUCUGCNAUGAAAAGAGCUAAGAAUGAAGACUAUAAAUUAACUAGGCAUAGAAAAAAAUUUAAGAGAAACGAGAGUAGUUUUAAUGAACUAAAUGCAAAAGAAUCAUUUAAAAUAAAUACUUUUUAUGUUAUAAUUGAUCAGCUUUAUAGUGCUUUGGUACAUAGAAUUAACGCUUAUACUACCGUAAGGGAUAAUUUUAAGUUAUUAUCAGACAUUAAAAUGGACAUGAAAAUUGAAGACAUAGAAGGAGGAAUGAAAAAGUUAUUAGAAAGGUAUCCAAAAGAUUUCCCUGAUGAUUUUACAAAUGAGUUUAAACAGUUAUUAAGUUUUUCGUCAACGUCUUUAUCAUUAAUUACAAAGAAAGAAAAUAAGAAUAAAAAUAUUUUGCUUAACAUGUACAAGAUGAUAAUUGAUUUAAAUGUGACCGAGAGUUUUCCAAAUAUUGAACGGUUGUUACGUUUAUAUCUUUCUCUUAUGUGUACCAACUGUACAGGAGAAAGAUCAUUUAGCCGAUUAAAAUUAUUAAAAAACGUUUUAAGAUCUUCAUUNAUUAGAAAGGUAUCCAAAAGAUUUCCCUGAUGAUUUUACAAAUGAGUUUAAACAGUUUUUAAGUUUUUCGUCAACGUCUUUAUCAUUAAUUACAACAAACGAAAAUAAGAAUAAAAAUAUUUUGCUUAACAUAUAUAAGAUGAUAAUUGAUUUAAAUGUGACCGAGAGUUUUCCAAAUAUUGAACGGUUGUUACGUUUAUAUCUUUCUCUUAUAUGUACCAACUGUACAGGAGUAAGAUCAUUUAGCCGAUUAAAAUUAUUAAAAAACGUUUUAAGAUCUUCAUUAUUACAAAAUAACCUACAAAAUCUUGGAAUUUUAAGUAUUGAAAGUGAAUUUGUAAAAUCUCUAAACUUUGAAGAUGUGAUCCAAAAUUUUGCAAAUGAGAAAUCCAGAAAAANAAAAUAUUUUGCUUAACAUGUAUAAGAUGAUAAUUGAUUUAAAUGUGACCGAGAGUUUUCCAAAUAUUGAACGGUUGUUACGUUUAUAUCUUUCUCUUAUGUGUACCAACUGUACAAGAGAAAGAUCAUUUAGCCGAUUAAAAUAAUUAAAAAACGUUUUAAGAUCUUCAUUAUUACAAAAUAACCUACAAAAUCUUGGAAUUUUAAGUAUUGAAAGUGAAUCUGUAGAAUCUUUAAACUUUGAAGAUGUGAUCCAAAAUUUUGCAAAUGAGAAAUCCAGAAAAAAGAAUUAUGUUUUGAUAAACAAGUUGAUAGUUGCGACGAUGAAAGCAGCGACUAAUGUUAUAAUAAUUUGUGUAUUGACUUAUAAUUAAAAAAUAUAUUUUAUAAAUAAAAAUUUUCAAUUUAUCAUAGUUUUGAGUUAAAUNUUUUUUUAUUCAUUUGUAAUAUAAUAUAAUAAUAUUUUGUUAUUUGUAGUAUUCACUCAUCACUCCCCCCCUAAAUUUGGUGAAAGGCUAUUAUAUAUCUAAUAGAAAACAAUAUUCUUCAUAUACUCAUAUAUAUAUAUAUAUAUGUAUACUUGUUUAUUACCUAUAUUUAUUAAGUAAUUAAUUAGGCCCAUCUAAAUAAUUUGCUUACGGCCUACAAAGUAUUUAAUCCGGCUCUGGGUAUACGUACUAUGUGUUACAAUAUACAUUAUUACUCUAAGCAAAGAGUUUGAAAAUAAAACAACUAACAAGUGAUAUAAUAAUAUAGUAUAUCAUUAAUUGUAUUUCAAGUUGUCUAUUGAGUUAAAAGACGCUUUAUAUUUUUAAAACCUUUGGCACCCCGGAUCAAAUAUCCCCAUUACCUCCCAUAAUACGGCUCUAUUACGAAAACGGUUAAACCAUUAUAAUAAUUAUACUAUAGAUAUUGUUAAUAAUUGGCAAUUUUAUAUGAAGUAUGAAUAUAUCCAAUAUUCAUCUAAAUAGUCAAAAUAAAUAUAGGUAAACAAAAUUAUAAUAAAAAUAUCGGCAUAAAUUAGGAAAUUGUAUAAAUAUAUGUAUUCAUUACCUUAAACAAAUCAUAAUUCUAUUACAAACUCGUAUUUUAAUAAAUCAGGGACACGUGAAAGAAAUUAAUAAGGGCUCAUAAACAUUUAAAUGAUAUUUAGUAUAUUGAUAUACUACUAUAAAAUAGGUUUGAUAAGGAGGUCAAAAUUAAUAUUGGAUACCAUUUUACUGUUUAUAUAGUUCUUAUUUCAUAUUAAUAUAAGUUAUUAUGAUUAUACUGUAUUCUCUGUUGUUCAAAAUUAAUGUCGUUCGUGACUAUUACAACCUCAGUCUUUCCCCUUUUUCAUAUAUUUGUUAAGCUUAAGGUCCAGAGUGUAAGCCACAUAGUCCAUCAAUCAUUUCGUCUUUUGUGUACUAAAAACGUUCAAUUCUAAUUUAAAAACAUAAUACAAGGUAAAAUACUAUUGUAAUCCAAAUUGUCGAAUCUCAUCUAUGUCUAUUAUAUUAGUUUUUACUUUUAGAUUCUGAGUGUAGAGAGGAAUGUAUUGGUUUUACUAAGUUGUUAAAUUUUUUUUUAUCCUGUAUACAAAAAUUCUACCAGAAAUCUUGCUCAGAUAUAUACGCGUAGCACAAUUUCUAACAGGCAAUGUGGUCCAGAUGGUACUUUUGGGAGGUAAUUUUUUGAUUUUCAUUUACAUCACAUUUGAUAUACAUUUACAGUGUUUCAUAUUCCGGAUUUUUACAGUCCGCCGUUUUCUUGUCCGUAAAUUUGCAUUCCAGAAUUUUACAGUCGGUACGAUAACUUUCCGGGUUUCAAAUUAUUAAAAUUAAAAAUAAAUUCUGAGUGGAAUAGUAUUCUGUAUUGACUGUAAGUAUUAGUAUUAUAAGUAUUGUUAGUUGUACCAAUAAACCGUGUUUUGUACUACAGUGGGCGAACAUUGUACCACGCCUUCUAAGGUAGGUAUAGCGUGAAAAAAUCUAAAUAUUUCAAUCACCAAAAAACAUAAAGUGAAUUUUAGAUUCUGAGUGGAGCAAAGAUGCUUAUGGUUAUAUAAAGAUAUAUUUAUAUUUUUUCUGGGGACAACUUUUCUACCAGAAAUCUUGCUCCGCUUUUUAAGUGUAGCAGCUUUUCUGAAAGGAAAUCAGUUUAGGGAAGUACUUUAAGGAGAUCAGUUUUUGAUUUUAUCAAAUGUUUUCCCAGCAAAUGUGAAAAUCCGGGGAAAAACAUUGGAAAACCAGGAAAAAUGAAAAAAUCGGUAAAAUAUUAAACAAAUAUUAUUAAAGAAAAUAUAUAAUGCCUAUUUAAUUAUUUUACCAUAAUUUGACGUACAUAUAUUGUUGACAAAGCAUUACUAUCAACUGAACUCCACUCAGAAUCGUAUUUUCGUUAGCAAUGGUUUAUCGUUGCUUACAGAUAAACAUUAACUUUCCUUUUUAGUUUAUAAAUAGUUUAUAAGUAGAUGGAAAAAUGAGUGGGUUAGAUGUUAUAAAAGGUUCCAAUGAAUUUUUUGGUUUUUUCCUCCAACAAACUUUUGUGCCCAUGUUAAUAUUUCUCUAAUUACUAAAUUAGGACUUCUUCUUCAAUAUACUUCUCUGCCAAAUUAUUUGUUUUCUUCUUUAUGUGGCAAAUUAUUGUUUGAUAAGAGGAAAUUAAAACUUUAAACAUUUUAAAGCUGCCUAAAAGUAGUUCUGUUAUAUUUUAUACAUGUAACAAAACUAUGAAUUAUAUAAAUUAUAAAAAAAAACUCGAUUUACUUUUUUUUAGGCCAAGGAGAGGGUGAACCCCAAAGCCCCUUGGCUACGCCACUGGAUUUGGAAACUAACAAAAAAUCUGAGCCUUAGUUAGAAAUGCAAUAAAAAUAAAAUCAAACAAUAUUUAGAAAAAAAAUGAUUCGCUUACAUCUGUGAAAUGUAUAUCAUACAAAUAUGACUCAGUUUAAUCUCGAGUAUAAUAUUGUAGAUACCUAUAUUAUUUGUAUUUAUUUUUACUACCUAUAUAAUAACGUGCAAGUAUCGAAAUAAUUGUAUUUUAAAUGUAAAUUUUAAAAAUGUUUGCAUUUUUUUUACUGGUUUUCAUCCAAACCAAGGCGAUCGAUAUACCAUUACAAUCAAAGAAGAUUCUGAACAGACUAGUAUAAGUAGUAGUACAAGAUAUUCUUUUCCUCUUAUAUAAUUUAUAGCCAAGGUCACCGAGAAUCAACAAAAAUUAAAACUAAUAUAUCGGAAUUUGUUGAUGAUUAUUUUGAAUAGUAUAGAUUACCUUUGUGAAUCUAGAAUUUGUUUUCAAAAAAAAAUACUACUGGGUAGGCACUCAGCAUCUAUUAAUGUGCUUUGUAAGAAAGCAUUUUGCAUUUUUACUAAUCCAAAAAGCAAUUUUAAGAAAAAAAUUCAUAUUUUAGUUUAGUGGCGUGAGGACCUAUUUUUUUAAAGCGAUUGCUUCAUGACUAAAAUCGGUGGGUGACUAAAUUUGUUGAAUGUUCUUAAGAUUCACUAAUUCAAAGAUCAAAGAUACCUUUAGUUUCUUGUAUUUUAUUAUUAAUUUACUUACUGACGAAUAUGAUAGCCUAUAUUAUGUAGUCAAUAAAACUAAAUAGAAUUUUUGCUGCAAUUAUUUGCGGGACACAUAAAAAUCCAAUUUUUGAAUGGUUGGAUCCUAAUAUUUAUGUUUUGCCUCAAGUAUAAAGAAUGUUUUGCACGCUACUGACUUAGUGGAACUUUAAUAGCUUUUUUGGCUGCACUCUAAUAUUCUAAAAAGGAUCUUCAUCUAUAUAUUUUACCUUUGUAGAAAAUCAAGGAACUAAUGUGACAAUGGUAAGGGGGGAAGAUUUAGAGAGAUGAAUAUAGAAUGUAAUUUGAUAUAUUUUUGUUUAUUUUAUUUAAUUAAUUAUUUUAUUUUAUUUUUAUUAAAUACAUAUUUUAUUACUAUGAACACUGGAAUUAUUACAAUCUCAUCGCAGGUAUAUGUGUAGAUGUAUUAUAUACAUUCAUACUAAUAACGUUUACAAUUAAUAUAUUAUUAUUAUUAUUAUGUGUCAUAAUCCAAUUACGAAAAUGUAUCCGUAUGAUAUAUUGUGGUGGAAUAACUCAAUGUCAUAGGAAACAACGAACCUUGCGCAGAACGUCCACGCGUAGUGAGUACUGAGUCUUGUACUACGCGUAUCUGUGCAUUUGGUGAAAAAAAAAUAUGUUUCUUAUUUCUUAUUUUGGAAAAAAUUUUGUUUUUUAAACUAAAUCAAAAAAUUAAUUUGCGGUUUUGUGUAUAAACAUACGCGUUUACGAACGUUUGUGACAUACUUAUUCAAACAUUAUGAGUUCUUAUUCAAUAUACAGGUGAAUACAAAACUAUUUACUAUUUACUACACAUAGAUAAGUAAUCGUAAAUGUAGAUUUAUAUAUUAUUUUUAUUCGUUUUAGUCUAUUUACGAUCAAUAAUUUUAUUUGUUUUUAUUUUAACAACAUUUAUAACCUAUACCUGGUGUAUAUCUCUAUUCGUAUUUGUUAAAAAGGACAUACUUAAUAUACUUAUAAUACUUUUUAUACAUUUAUAGUAAAAACAGAAAAAUAUGAAACGCUUAAUGCAGUAGAUUAAAAAGAAAAGAAAAGAAAAGAAAAAUAUUUAUUUUCUCAUCAUGUCUCAUGUAUUUUUUAACCGUAUCAGUAAAUAAAUUAUGACCAUGAAAUUAAAUUUAGUCAAUAGUUAAAUUGCAGUAAUUUUUUUGUUCUCAAAAAGGCACAUAAAUAAAAAUUAGUUCCUUAUGACAACAAAUUCAAUAAGCGUUUAAGUAUCAAUACUUAUUCUAAAUACCUAUAUAGUAGCCAUAUAUGUUUGUAAAUUUGUAUAAAAAGUACAAUUUUCAAAGAAAGUUAGAAAAAUUAUUUCAAAUAAAACCUUAAUCGAAACGUAACGUUAACAUAAUUUGUUAUUGAUACAUUAUAAUGUAUAAUGUAGUGAAUUCCUUUCAAAAUUCUCAGAUUUUUAUCAUAAGAUGUUUAAGCCUAAUCAUUUUUUGACACUCAAAUCUACAAAAAUAACUUUACAGCAAAGAGUUUAAAUCGAUGUUCAAUAACGAAUCGUUAUAUUCAUUACAAUUAAAACCUAAAUACUCGUGUUAUUAUUUUAUCAGAAUAGAAACAAUUGUAUGUAGGACAAAUUUAGUGACACCAACACCAAUGGCACAGUAAUAAUAAUAUGUUUUAUUAAUUCGUCCGUGAAAUCGGUCUAAAAUAAACACGUACCUAUAUAGAAUAUUGUACUCCUGGUUAUUAUUCCCGGCGUUUAAUUAUUUCAACUGUGCAAAAAUACCUAAAUAGUAUCAUGUACUACAAAUUAUUAUUAAUUGCACAAAUUUAUGACUUAUGUAAUCUAUGUAAAACAAUUUGUCUGUGAUUAUAAUUUAUAAAUACAUGGUCAUUAGGCAGGUACUUACUUAGGUACUAUUUUAAUCGUUUAAAAUGUAUAUAUCUAUAACCUUACUCGAUAUACUAAAUAGAAAUGAGUACUUACUUACCUAAUAAUAAUUAGUGUAUACGUAUUCCUAUACGCAUAAUAAUAAGUUAUUAUUGUACUCGUAUAAUUGUAUGUCUUAAAAAGUUAACUAAAAUAGUAUAUCUUUUUUUUAUAAAAUGUAUAAUAGGUCCCUUUGCCUUAAACUAAACCACUGAGUCGCAAUCGUUGAAGUGCGAUGUGUAUUUGUUGCUAUAUUGCACAGCCUAGUAUUUUCGACAGAUUGUUUUUAAUUUCUAUUCGUUAUUAAAAAAGUUGAUUAAUAAAUUACGAAUGAAUCUAUUUGUACAUGCUUAAUAUAGUAUAUAUAUAUAUAUUAUGUUACUGACCUUAGAUACUGUCUUUUUUCAUCGUAACAAAGAAAACUAAACAUGAUAUUAUAUAAAAAUACUAGAUGUCCAGGAAACGCAUUGCUAUUGCUAGAUUUUACAUAUUUUAUUAGUCUACUAUUUUAUAUUUUUUUAUCCGUAUUGCCGAGGUAACCGAUAAUUCAAAAAAAAUAAUUUGACUUUCGUACCAAAAAUACCUAUGAUGGGUUUCAAGAGGUGUGGAUUUCAAUAUCUAUAAACGGGCGUCGCCCAUUUGCACGAAAAAAAGUUAAUCGUUUUAGGUACAGUCCAUUUGCGCCAAAAUAAAAAAGGUACUUUUUUCCGAUCGCCUAUUUGUGCCGAAUUUGUCUGCGCAUAUUAUACGAUUACACGAUUACAUGACUACGUAAAAGUUAUUUUUUUAUUUUACUUAUUUAUAAAAUAAAUACGUAUUAAAACAACCUUUACAUGAUAGUCAAUUUAAUAUACAUAGUACCUAGUUGAUUUAUUUUUAACACUCGAAUAAUUAGGUAUUAUAAAAUUUUUAAUAUUACAAAUAGGUAAUGAAAUAAAAGUAGUUCAAUGAUUGUCAAAAAAUAUAAAAAUUGUUUACUGGUAUAAUUAUAAUAAAUUAAUAUAUUUUUUUCUCAAAUACUAAUCAAUUAAAUAAUAAUAAUCGAUUCAAUAACUUUAUUAUACGACCAAGAAAUAUCGUUACCCUUUUUAAAUACCCUUUUGUAUUCUAUUUAACCCCCUAAAGGGUUGAAAUUUGAAAAAUGCUUUCUUAAUGGGUCUCUACAUCAUAUAAAUUAACUACUGACCAAAUUUUAUACUUAUAGCUUCAGGAGUUCCGGCUAAGCGAUGAUGAAUCAAUCAGCACGUGUUAUUUUAUUUUAGAACACAUCAAAUGACAAGGAUUUUAUUUUCCACGAGUUAAUAUCAUACAAUAGUACUACAGAUAACUGAUUAAAUAUUACAAUAAAUUAUAAACCACCCACAAUAAUAUUCACAUUUGCAAAAACUUCAAAAAAUUGUAUGAAAUAAGACGAUACCUAAACAAAAGUUUCAACCACAAAACAUUUUCUAAAAAUAUAUUUUAUAAAAUAGCUAUUUAAAAUUUAUUAUUAAUUAUAGUAAAAUUGUUUAUUUCAAGUUCCACUACUUAAAAAAAAAAAAUUGUAACAUAUUAACUGUAGCGUAGAGGCAUACUAGUUAUUUAAAAAAUAUAUAUAAAACAAAUAUUGAAUAGAACAAAAGUUAUUUCAAGUGUUAGAUCAUCGUAGGAAACCCUGUACAGAUUUCAUUAUUGAACAAUUUUGUCAUUGACUAAAUACAGUCGGUUAUUACAAAAUAGUAAAAAAAUAAUAGUGAAAAUAAUUGCACGUGGAUUGAAUUUAUAAAUAUUAUUGUAUAUUUUAGUAGUACAAUCGAAUAACCAAGACAUGUUUUAUUAAAAUCCCGAGUGUCGUAAAAGCUAUGUACCGUUAAUGCAUAUAAAUACGUUUGUAUACCAAAUCUAUACUAUACUAGAACAGCUUCUAUAUUUUUACAGUCUGACAUUAAUAUCAAAGCAAAACAAAUAUAUUACAAUACUCGUAAAAUAAAAAAUUCAACUUUAAAAACUAGUUCACUAUUGUAUAUGUAUAUGCGUAAUUAUUUUAUUUUUCUAAAAAAUAAUUUAUUUUAAUAAUUAUUUUUUCAUUAUUUAUAUAUAUAUAUAAAAUAACAUGUCCUGACUGACUGAUUCAUCAUCGCCUAUCCCAAACCACUGGACGGAUCGGGCUGAAAUUUGGAACACAGCUGGAUAUUACGACGUAAGCAUCCGUCAAGAAAGGAUUUUUGAAAACUCAACCCUUAAAACAGGGUUUUUUUUUAAGUAUAUUUGGUACGAAUAUCUAAUUGCUUAUUUAUUUAUUUUUGUUUAUUCAAUGAUUACCUUGGUUUUAAGAGAACGAAAACUACUAUAAUUAUUAUUGUUAGUAUUAUUUACGCUAUUAAAAUUUCACAACAGAAGACAUUUAAUCCACCUAAGGUGAAUUACUAAAGGGAGUACACUUUCCACCUAUUUCUUUUCAUUCAAUUCUGACAUGGCUACAACCAAAAAUGAAUAUGGGUAUAAUAAAUAAUAAUACAAUUAGUAUAAUACGUAUUAAUAAAUUCGCGUAUAAUACGCCGGAACAGCUAGUAAUAAAUGUAUAAUUUUUUAUCCUACAAUUUUAAUUAUUUUUUCAGAUAAUUCUCUUAAUUAUUUAAAGUUUUACGUUAAUAAUAAUAGUUCAUUAUUAUCUAUAAAUCUGUAUAUUAUUCAAUAGUAAAAAUCGAAAAAUAAUAAGUUUAUAUUAUUUGGAAAUUGUAUGUUUUAUGUAUAUAAACUGUGUCAGUAAUUUUAUUUAAGCAUGUGAUAUUUAAUGAUUUAUAAAAUAGGUAUGAUAAAUACGCGAGCAAGUAUUUGCCACAGCCAAAGACACGUACUUUGAAAAAUCAGCAGAGAGAGGGGGAGGGAGAAAUAGCCGUUUGAAAAAAAUUUCAAAAUAUUAUCUAAAAAACUAAUGCUUUUACACUCGUAAAAAAUAAUAAUAGUAAUUUCACUAUUUUUAAAAUAUUUUAUUUUUUAUAUUAUAUUUUGUUCCUUACGAAUAUCAAGUAUACAUAACAAAAGAUAAUUAUUAUAUUUAAAAGUAAUUCUAACCCUACACAAGAAUAUAUUUGCUACGUAAUGGAGCAAAACCACGAUUCCCAAAUUUAGUGAGUAAGAUCUUCUCCGUUAAGUUUAUAUUAUUAUUAAACUAAUUUUUCGUUAUUACAUAAUUUUCAUAUUUAUGAUUUAUCGUUGAACUAUUACUAUAUGAUAAAGUUCUAUAAUCGAUAACACCGAAUAAACUAAAUAAAUAUAUUUGGUCCUUGAUUUUAUGUCUACCAGUUUUGCAAAUCGAAUGUAACAAAUUAUGUAUCGGAUGACAUCAGUGAUAUAUUAAGCCGAAGUUUGAAGAAUAAUAGAAAAUUAGGUUUUGUUUUAAUUACACGUGUGAUGUAGAACUACGAGUAUUUACUACCUACGAGUAUUUAAUAUGCAUAAGUAUAGAUAUUUAUUUAUAUACAUUUCGAAUUUAAUUAUUAUUUGUUGCUAAAGCUAUGUGAAAUAAUGAGUUGCAUAGCCCCCACCCUCUCUCAAAAUAUUAAACGAAAUGUUUGCCGAUGCAUGACACCCCACGAUAAAAUCCUAAAUACGCAACAUUACUGAGAAAACGUAUACCAACCUAUACCGUAUACUACCUAUACGUACGUUAUAUUAUGCAUCACACCAAUGCACCGUGCAUAUGAGUUUAACCUAUAUUACAAUUCGGAUCAAUAUUAAAUUUGCUACUACAAAAUCAUUGUUGUGUCUUGUAUGUAAAUAAAUUGUAUUGUAAUGGUACACAUUGUGUAUAUGAAUGUUAGCUUUUUUAGAUUUAAUAUUUAAGUGUUUAAAUUUUAACCGUAUAUUUUUUUUUUUUUUUUUACUUAGGCCCGCAGAUUUAAAUAAAAAUAAAAUAUUUAUUACAGUUAAGUAUAGAAAAUAUUAAAUAAUGAUCGACUUAAUGUAAUUAUUGUGGCAGAUAAACACUGAAUUAAAAUUCAUAUUUAUAAUAAAAACCUGGAACGAUUUAUAAAAUAAAUCGGUUGAAGUUGGAUUUUUAACUGAAAAUCCGACGUCCUACAGACUUUUUAUUUACAGAGUUACAUUGAAAUAGCACGUUACUUUAGAAAAAAACAUAGGUAUUGAUUUGGAUGAUUAAAUAAAUAUUUAGUCUUCGAGAGCAUUUUAGAUUCUGAGUGGAGCGAAGAAGCUUAUGGAUGGUUUUACAAAGAUGUUUAUUUUUUUUCUAUGGACAACUUUUCUACCAGAGGACUUGCUCCGGUUUUUACGUUUAGCGCUUUUUCUGAAAGGAAAUCAGUGCGGAUAGAUACUUUAAAGAUGUAAUUUUUCAAUUUUCUCAUCAAAUGCGUAAAACCGAGAAAAUACACGGGAAAACCGGGAAAAUCGUUAAAGCAUAAACAAAUAUUAUUGAAGAAAAUACAUAAAGCCUUUUUAAUUAUUUUAAUAUAAUAUGGCAUAUAUAUUAUUGACAAAGCAUCAUUAUCAACUGAACUCCGCUAAGAAUCGUUUUAUCGUAAGCAAUGGUUUAUCUUUGAUUACAGAUAUACAUUAAAUUACCUAUAACAGUGGCUGCACCUGUUCCCAUUAUCCUAGGACGUCUUUUUCUUAUUGCUUUUGAAACAGCCAAUCUGUAUUUUACGAAUUUACAAUCUUACUCUUUUUAAAUUUGAAGUUGAAUCAGUGUCGGUUCCAAAGUGGGGUUCUGGUGCAUCAGACACCCUAUAGACUAUACAAAAAUAUUUACUUCCAAAAUUAAUUAAUUGUUCAACGUAUGUAAUAUAAUACAAGAUUUUCAAGAAAGAAAAGCGGAGCGGAAAGGUUGAUUAAAAAUUAUUUUAAGUCGUGAUACGAAUCUGCCCACCAAAAACUGACUUUAGAUAAAUCACUGAUUAAAGAACUUUUCCACUGACCUUCGAACAAUUAGUUUUGCACAAAAAAACUACUGUUCGCAUAUAAAAACAAAAGCUAAACAAUAUUUAUAUUGAUGAAAAUACAAAACUAUAAAGAUUAUAAAUACAAUUUUGUUAGAAUGAUUGAAUUGAAUUGAAAAUGAAUAAUUUCCUGCUAAGUUCAUUACUGUUAAAAUACUAAUUAAAAUACUUGUACUUAAUGAAAUUUGAAAUUAAAGAUUUUUUUUCCCGAAUUCAAAUACAAUACGAAUACAUGUUUAUUUUAAAUUAAUAACCUUUAAAUAAUUUAAUAAUAAUCUGAAAAAUCUGUCAUCUUUAAUUAUUUAGUUAUUUUAAUUAUAGAUACUAAUUUUAACAAUGCACAAUACAAUAAUAAGUGUUUAAUAAAUAAAAUCUCACUAUGCGUGUGCAAUACAUAUAAUUUAAUAAUUAUAAGUAAUUUUAAUAUUUCUAUUUUUUUUAAUUUGAAUUUCUACUGUGGGCCAAGGAUAAUUUUUAAUAGGAAAAUAAAAAAAAAUAAUAUAUACAGUUCAGAAAGCAUGAACUGAUUUACUUCACUUACUUCAAUAUAAAUCAUGGUCAAUGGUCGUACAUUUUGAACGCAAUAAAAAUGUAAUCUUCUAAACAAAAUACCAAAAUUAGUAAAUAUCUGUUAUUAUCUCCAGGUAUUUACAGUGACGUUAUUAUUAAUAUCUAUUGAGGUUGGUAUAUGUAAUUUUUUUUUACUAGGCACCAUUCAUUUUCAAUUUGUAAUCAUCACUGAUAGUGAUCAACUAUAAUACAAAAAAUAAUAAUAAUAUAGCAAUACCUAUUAUUUGGUCAUAAAAAAUUCCCGUGGGGAUUUAUCCUUCAUAUCACCCUCUUACGAGAAUGCCCAAAGAUACAUACCUAUAAUCAUUUUAAUUGGUACUACAAUGUUUAAUUAUAAUCGGUAGGUACCCGAAAAUAUUAUUAAAACAAAAUCAAUCUGAUUAUCAAUAAUUCGGUUUUCCACAAUCACGAGUUUUGAAGAGGGAAGAAAUUGGACAGAUAUACAUUAUACGUAAGAUAUAAAGAUUUUAUACUCAACAUAAAAUGUGUACAAUGAAAAUAAUAAUACAAUAUAAUAUAUCAUAUGACGAUAGAAUACGUAGGUACCUAGGUACCUUGCACCUUUGACUAGUAUAUACUAGUAAAUAUUAAAAGUCGCUACUGUCAUUUAUAAUUUGUAAUUACCUAAAACUUAAAAUUAUAAUUUAAAAUUGUAUUGUUAUUUCCAAAACUAAUUGGGAAAUUUAAAAGAAUACUUAUUUUAAAUGCUAUCCGUAUUCACAUUAAAUAUCAAUAGUUAAAUAAAAUUAAAAUAAAACGUCCUGGAUAAAAAGUUUGAAAAUUCCUCACACGCUUUUAUAACAUGCGUAUUAUUGUAUAAGGGCUUUCUCAUUUUCUCAGAAAAAUGAACAUAUUUAGAUCAGCCGAUCGCUAAUUGAAGUCAAAGUGCUGUAAGUUCGAUUAUUUGUAGGCAACCGACCUGAUUAAAAAACGUAUUAUGUCGGUGUUAAAAUUUAAACUACUAUAGGUACUAAUUUUAAGUUUAUGAUUUCAUAAAUACCUACCAGUUUGUAUAACAUAAUUGAUUUCACAAUUAUUUAUUUUCAUUGGUCUUUCUUUAGAUUCCAUAAUAACUAUAAUAUUAUCGAUAAUAAUUCACACAAUAUAAUUGGGCAAAACAGUAUCGUUUUAUUUUCUAAAACAGCAUUAUAGAUAUUAAAUUAUGUCCUCGUCUACAACACCAGUUUAAUGCGUGUACAUACAUAUUUCCUGUAGACCUCUACAUCAAGAUAAUGUCGCAUUUAUCUACUACCAUUUACCUAACUGGAAGUAAACAUAAUUCAACCGGUUACAUGUAGUCGCUAAUGUUAUCGCAUAUCAGUUAGCAUGCCUAAUAGUAUUGUAUACAAGAUAAAAUAGGUAGGUACCUAGCAAAACUAGAUUAAUCAAAUUUAUGAAUUUUCGACUACCUACCAAAUCCUAUAUUUAAAUAUACCAUAUAAACACUAGUGUAUAGUGUAUUGAAGAGUAAAGACAAAAUAUUUAUCAUACAAGGUAAUUUUUCAUCAUGAAUCAGCAAUUUUCUCGGAGGAUUAUAAGUGAAUUUGAUUUCUGUUUAUUUUUUUAAUCAUUGUGGAAUCGUUUAAGCUUUAUUUCAAAACUAUUUUUAAUUUUUACCCUUACUCCAAAUACCUUCAAUAACUAAUAAUUAUAUACUUUUGUUUUUCAGAUAGUUACCUCCUUUUUGGACACAAAUUCGAAUAGAGAAUAUUUUUCUACAAAUUCGAAUAUGCAUAACACUAAUAUCAAAUGUUCCGUUAAAAAACUAAAGUAUAUACUUAUUUAAGGUAUAUGGAGUAGAAGUAAAAAAUGAAUGAUUUAACAAAAUGGUUUUGAAAUAAAUCUUAAACGAUUCCAUAAUGAUUAAACAAAAAACAAAUUCACUUAAAAUCCAACAAGAAAAUUAUUGACUCAUGAUAAAAAACAAACGGUCAUUCUUCGUCCGAUAGCUUCUGUUGUAGGUGAGAAGUUGUAAAGGUAAAGGGAAAAUUGUAUUUUUAUCUGUACUCAACAAUUAACCAUUGCUAACGAAAAACGACUCUGAGCGGAGUUUGGGUGUACAUGUAUACUAUGUAAACAUGCAUGUUUUGAAAGGCAGUAAUAUUUACGAUUUGAAAAUAAUAAAUUUCGUAAAUUUUCCAGUUUUUCCUACAUUUUUUCCCGAUUAUUAUGAAAACUGUUUGGAAAAUCAAAAUAUAACCUACUAAAAGUACCAAUUAGAUAAAUUUUGCUUUCGGAAAUAGUACCACACUUGAAAAUCGGAGCAAAAUUUUUGAUACAGAAGUUGUUCGCAAAAAAAAAAAAAUUAUUAAAAACCAAUACAAUCCUCACUCCGCUCUAAAUCUAAAUAUCACCCUACAUAUGACAUUUAUACUAAAUAUAAAAUAAUAUAAUUUUAAAACAAUAUUUGUUUAAUCACCCCAUUUUAAUAAACAAACACAAACAUAAAUACACAUAACUUUUCGGAGAGCAAUAAAAGCCGUUUCCUCGUGGUACUUUCGAGAUAAAUGCUAAAUGGCUGGCUUUAUUUAACUAGUUUGUAUAUGUAGUAAAAAUACUUGAGAAAUAAAAAUAGAUGAAAAAAUAAACAUUGAACUUAAAUAAGUUUGCGUUAUUGACACACGUGUUCUAUGUGAACACUAAAAAAAAAAAAUUAUUAAAAAUCUUAAAUUCACAAAGCAUUAGAAAGGUUUUUUGAAUUUUCUCAAAAUUAAAUUAAAUUGAUAAGGACCAUUUUUGCAUGAACCAAAUCAUUUGAAUAAAAAGAGGCGUGGGCGAAAAGAAAAAAGUAAUUUUUGGACAAACGGAGCAUUUUUGGCACUUAGUACCUACCUAAGUACUAAGUGUACAGUUCGAAUUGUAAAUCGAUGGACGUGGAAGAUGACAAUAGGUAUGACGUGACCUAUCACAUACGAAAUAACUAAGUACCUACCUACCGAAUUCAUCGUUUUAUCUACCGUUAUAUCUGUUUCUCUAUUUAUAACGUUCAACGUUCAUAUUCUCAUUAAUAUUUUCAUACGCAUUAUGAAUAAUAACGAAGUGAGUGACCUAAUACGUUUCUGUAGGUUACGAUUAGGCAUUUAAAAUCAAAUAUAAAUUGAAUUAGAUGUACAUCGUCUUCCAAAUUUCAUAGUACAGUUAAUUUUUUUGUAAAAUACUUGUUUUUUCAAAAAAUGAUUCAUUUAAAAACUUUUUGGAAUUACCUACAAUUUUUCAUAAAUAAGAUAACCUAUAGUUUAUUAGACCAUUUUACAAAGAUUUCUCUAGGUUAAAGUUCAUUAAAACAUCAUUUAGACUCUCUAAAUGAGCUUUACAUAUGUAGUAUCUACUAAAAUAUCACCGAACACUAGACAAAUAAGCAGUAAAUGAUAUAUUCUAAAUAAAAAAAACGCAGUAUAAUAUGUUGUGUAGUACUGCUUAUAGGUACGUUUAGUAAAUUUUAUUUAGAGGAAUACGUACUGCGUAUGUAUCUAAUAACCGCUUAGAUUAUCUGACGAACACAUUAUGAUUAGAUUAUAAUAUACGUAGGUACAUGCAUUUAUUGCACUAAAAUGUGAUUAUGAUAAAUAUAAUUUUUUUUUUUUAUCGGUCGGGAAGGUAAUGCCCUACAAAUAACCCCACAAACAUUACCAAAUUACGCCACUGUAAGGGGAGAGUAAUGGAGCGUCAUUUGUGUGGCGGCAUAGUACGCGGUAUUUGAAUAGUGAUUCGCUACUCCCUUCUGUCUAAACUUAAAUGUGGAAUAUCUCGUCAACGGGUUAACGGAAAUCAAACAUUUUAACACCAAAAUGUACUAAAACUCCAUAUAUAUAUAUAUCCAUAUAUGGAUAUUUAUGGAAUUUUCAAAUAUUUGAAAAAUCAAAAGAUGGUAACCAGUUACUCAUCCCCUGCAAAAAAAAAAGGGAAAAAAUUAAGUAAGGCUACUUUAAGUUUAUUUCAGGGGCUGCGCGACCCUCCCUCCCCCUCUCCCCAGACCAAAUUUAAAAAAAAACUUAUUUACUAAGUACUAGUUCGUUUAACCGUAAUUUUCAUUACGAAAAAGUAAGUUAUUUGAGUUUUUUCUUCUACGUGAAUAACGCUUUAUGACUAUGAUGUAAACUAUUUACCUAUUUAAUUUAUUUUUGCAUUCGAACACUUGGAAUGUAGCCGGACCAGCGGAAUCCUCAAUACUCAUUGCUUAACCGAUCUUAUUCGCUUAUUCGUCGUGACUAUAGGCUUCUGUUGAAUGGUCUUUCAGUGUUCUGAAUAGAAUUCUCAGUUAGACCAGAAAUAGGAUGCUACCAGGCACCAUGAUGCACUGUAUGAUGAUAAGUAUUGAGGAACUUAAGAUUUCUAUCGUCGAAUUUAUGGAUAGUAUCGUAAACAUAUAAGCAAUAAAAAAAAUAUAGAUAUUAGAUAAAAUACACAUUAUAUUUUUGAGCUGUUCUUAUUUUACUCGCCUAAAUAUAUUAAAUAAUAUUAAAAUCAACUUUUACAAAACUUAACAAAAUUAGUUCGAAUUUGUCUUUAUUUUGUCUGAGAUCUUGUUUGACAAACAUAGCCGUACUUUAUCAAAAUGUGUUUGUCAAACAUGCUGUCAAUCAAAAUGUCCAUCCUAACACGUGAAUUACGUCAACUAUUUGACAAACAAUUGGAUUGUUUACAGGCCCCCUUAAAAAAACUUUAAAAUUAUAUAUAAUCAUCACAGGUUUAUAAUAUAUUUAAUUUCAGUGUCAAUUUAUCCAUUCAGUAUUUAAAACUCUGUACAUUAAUAUUUUGUAUCUAACCCUAACAGAUUCUUGAUGUGGACGCUACCCAUAGUGUUUUUUCUCUUUAUUGGCCAUACCAGUCAGCUAGAUGAAGCAACAGAAUAUCCACCACUUUUCGAAGAUGCGUUGGGUACGUUUUUCGAAAAUUUAGAAUUCAGUAAACGAAAUUCACGGAUCGAACAAUUUGGAUUAAAUGAAUUUGAUUUCAUCAUAGUUGGCGCCGGUUCUGCUGGAUCAGUAGUAGCAAGCCGUUUAUCAGAAGUAAGUGAUGAAACUAAUAUUUAACGUGUAUAAGGAAUAGGGGAGAGUGGGGCAAGUUGACUACCUUAAGAUUUUAAUAAUUAUCCGACUAAAAAUAGUGACUCGAUAUUAUUCAUUUUUUAAACAUGUAAUCUUAAGUAUACUGAGUAAAUUAUAAUUGUUUGGUGUAGUAAACCUAACAGGAAGUUUAUUAUAAGUUAUACUUAGUAAUUAAAAAAAAAAAAAAAAGAGUAGAGUUUAUUAAAGUAAUUUUUUUAAAUAUAUAUCUAAUCGUAUACAAAUUAAAUUUUAAUAUCAUAAAUAUUACGGCCUUUCAAACCUUUUUUUUUUUUUUAAUUUGUAGGGGGUGAGAUUUUUAUUUUUUAUUUUUUACUUUUUUUUAUAGUUAAAAAUAUUCGUAGAUUUUAAAUUUCGACAAAAAACUAAAAUUUACUUUUUCUAGAGUAAAAUUUAUACAACAUUCAAGCCAUUUUUGAGCUAUUUAUAGUCAUAUGGUUUUUGAGUUUUUUACGCAAUUUUUAUUUGAUAGGAAUUCUUUGGAUAAAAUUAUUAAACAAAACAAAAAUACUUAAAAAUUUAAUGAGAGGUUCAUUAUAAGUCGUACUAUAUUUAUAAUCAAUGAUAAUAUCAAUAGCUACCAUUAAAUGAUUCACUGACAAUGAUUUGUUAUUUUCAAAACCCUUUGGUUUCAAAGUGUUUCAUUAUUCAAAAAUAUUGUUUAUAAAUAAGUACUAAAAUAAAUGGAAAAAAUAAUAAUGCAAUAUUAAUUUCAGGAAACCAAAUGGAGCGUACUAUUAAUUGAAGCAGGUGGCGAAGAACAAUUCAUUAUGGAUGUUCCUCUACUUGCCAAUAUGUUACAAUUCACAGAUGCGAAUUGGAAAUAUAAGACAAUGCCUUCGAACAACUAUUGUUUAGGUAAUUAUAAAUAAUGCAGUGAUUAAGUUAAAUCAUACAAACACUAAUGGUUUGCCUAACUGUAUGUUGUGUGCCCUACACAAAUCAAAUUAGGUAGUUUAUUAAUUAUGAAUUAUAAUUUUAUGUUUUAACUGCGUAAACACUCUUUAUGAUAUACAUGAUCUAAAUACUGAAAAUCAAUAUGCAGAUCAAUAGAAUAUACAAAAAAUCUUUAAUUUUGUAUUAAUUUUAAAUCUUUCCUUCAACAAAUUAUAAUGUUAUAAACUUUAACAAAUUUUUUUUUUAACAAAAUUUUAAUUAUUUUAAAAUAUUAAAACCAUGUCAGAAGUUUAUAACAUUUAUAUUUGAUUGAACCUUUAUCUAUUGUUUAUGACGAUUGUUUAUGUUAAUAUGACAACUUAUAAUAAAACUAUAUAACAUUUAAUACAAAUUUAAAAAUACCUAUGAUAAAAUAUUUUUCAAAAUGAUAAAUUAAAUUUGUUCAAAAUAACUGUACAAGUUUUAUUACUAACAUGAAAUGUUCUCUAUCUAAAUUAAAAAUAAAAUAUAUUUUCUUAUAAUUUUAUGAUUGAUUAAAAUAAAUAGUUAUGAAAAUAAUAUCAAUAAAAUAUGUUUAUCUACUAUAAUAACGAAAUAUGUUGUAUAUUUUAUGUUGCUAAUAUUUUACAAAUUUGAAAAAUGUAUAAAAAUAUGUCAUAUAAAACUCAAUAAUUAAACUGAGUGAUGUGUUAAUAUGAAAAUAAUAAAGAAAUUGCUUUCUAAUGGCACAAUUUUUGUUUAUUUAGGUCAUAAUUAAAUAAUAUACAUUAAAUUUAAAUGAGAGGAAUUGAUAACAAUUCACAGCCCCAUAUCCCUGGCAUAUUCAAUUAACACAUCACUUAGCUGAGCAAAAAGCAUAACAGUUAGAAUUAUUUAAUAGGAUUUUCUAUAAAUAAUGUCUAACUUUGAUAAAAAAAAAAUAUAUAUUUAUCCGUACACAUAUUAAAAAUAUAUAAUAAAUACAUUUUUAGUUCAUUUAAAUACAUUUGUUGAGUAUAAAGUAUUAUAAAAAAAAGUAAAAAGCUAAAAUGAUAAAGUGCUAGCAAACGAUGUAAUUCAAAAUAAUGGUAAAUUUACCUAAAAAGCAAAUAUAAAAAAAUAAAAUGGGUAACAUUAUGAUGUAUAUACUAAAAUUUUCUAUUAUGAUUACUCAUAAAAUGGCAUAGUUCCAGGCGAUCAAUUUUUCAUACAUAUAAACCAAUAAGAGUUGGGAAAUUAGACAUGCUUCCCAAUGUCAGAUUACACAUUUUUAAAAUAUGGAUAGAUUCGUUGCCAAUUAUCUAGGCCAGGGGUUGGGUAACCUUUCUCAGUAAAUGAGCUAUUUUAAAAAAAAAAAAAUGCAAAACCAUGAUUUUCAAAGAAACACAAUGGUUAUGACAAAAAACAAAAGUAUAAAAAACGACUGAUAUAUUUUCUAAGCAAUUUUAAUGGGAAUUGGUAGGCAUUAUUAUUACGCAAUAUUAUUAUUAUUUUUGUUUAUACAAAUCAAAUUUCAAUUUAUAUUUUAUGGGUCUAGCUCUAGAUCUAGAAUGUCUAGAUAUUGAUUCAAUUUCCCAAGAGCCAUAGAUUGCAUGUUAAGGAGCCACAGGUUUCCUGGUCUAGAUUAUUUAAGAAGACGAUUUUUCAAUCUUAAAUUGGUGUCCAAAAUCAGUAUAAAUAAAGUUAUAUCACAGAAUUGUUAAAAAUAAUAUCAUAAUUUUAAAGGUCUUCUAAAACUUAAAAUUAAAACCGGCCUUAGAAUUAUAUCUAAUUUUCCACUGCCUAUUGGUCUAAAACAUACAUAAUUAACCAACUAGAACCAGCCUAUUAAAUUAUAUAUAGUUUAUAUAAUUCAUAUAAAUUGCUGUUUUUAAAAAAAAUUGAUAAUUUUAGAUUAAAAUGAAGAUAAUGGAAUAAUAAACUUAAAAUAAUACACUUUAUUGGUCAUCUAACAAAAAGAUAAGAUAAAUAAAGACUUUAAAUUACUUAUUAUUUUAACCUAGUUGCCACUUAUUUUGGCACCAGGAAUCUUUGAUAAUACUUGAGAUAAAUCAACACCAGUUAAAGCUUGAACAGCUGGAGGUAAUUGUCCAACAAAUCGAUUCACUUCUGCUGUUACAUUAUUAUUUCCACUUAAUAAUACAAUUUCUUCAGUUUUAGAUAAUGGAGCCACAAUUUCUGCAGCAAUUUUUGGUAAUGCAUCCAUAAUUAAUGCCAUAACGGCAGCUUCUUCAUAAUUUUUAAAUACAUUUGCUUUCAACAACAUUCCUUGAGCUUCAGCUCUACCAACUGCUUCUAUUGCAGAUGCUUCAGCGAGUCCAAUUUGCUUAAUUCGUUCACCUUCAGCUGUUGCAACUUCGACAGUUUGGGUCCUACAAAAAAUCAUACAAAUAUAAAUUUUAUUUUAUUAAUAUUAAUUAAAUACAAAUAUUAUGGUGGUUACAUUGAAGAGGGGAAGAUGGUAAUUAACAAAACAAAAACAAAAUAUACAUAAACUUAAAUAAAUUAUAAACUACAUAUUAAACUCAUUAUUUUUUAAUGCUUUAAUUGAAAAAAUUAUUUUAGAAUAUAUUGGUUAAAUUAAGUGAAAAAAUAUUAGUUCUUAUCAAAACCUACCUUUUGCCUUCAGCUAUUGCUUGAACACGAUAACUCUCUGCUUCAGCUGGUAGUCGAACAGUGGCAUUCAGUUCUCUUUCUCUACGUUCAACUUCCUGAACUUCAAUUUCAAUUUGUUUUUUUCGCUCAACGACAUCAAUUUGUAUUUCUUCAUUUCUAAUUCUCUGUCUUAUUUUGGCUGCUUGUAAUUCAUAUGCUAACUGGGCCUCCGCUUUUACUGUGUUCACUUCCAUAUCAUAAUUGGCUUUUUGGAGCUUGAACAUUCUUGAAUUAUCUUCAAUUUUUGUGUCUGUUCCAUAUUUUACAUCCAUUGCCAAUUUUUCACAUUCAGCCUCUUUAAUACCUGCAUCCCGGUUGGCUUGUGCAACACCAAUAUCUGCAUCUCUUUUCACGGCAGCUGUUUGUGAUUUUCCCAGUGAAGUUAAAUAUUGAACAUCAUCAUAUACAUCUUUUAUUACAAAUGAUAAUAUUUCGAUACCCAUACGACCAACAUCAGGUGCAGCAACUUCUCUUACAAGAGAUGCAAAUUGAUCUCUAUCUUUAUAUACUUCUUCAACAGACAAAGUACCCAAAAUAGCUCUUAAGUGACCUUCUAAAGUUUGUAGUAUAGUUUGUUUAAUUUCAUUAGUUGUUCGACCGAGAAAUUGUUCAGAUGCUGUUUGUAAGAGUUCAUCAGCUUUCAUUAUUUUACACUGAGCUACUCCAGUCACUGUUAAAGGUACUCCAUGAACUGUUUCAACUUGACCACACAUUGGAUACAAUGUCAUAACCUAAACAUUAAAUAUUAUUAAUAACUUAGAUCUUAAACUUGUAUAAUCAAUAUUUAACUACUUAAAACUUUAAGUAACUACCAAGAAUACUGACUUCAAUAAAAUAAUUAAAUUAUAAAUUAUAAAUCUAUAAUAUAAUUAAUAAGUACAUCAUUCCUGUUUAUAGUCAAAUCUGACCCCAUUUUGCAUAAAAAUUGUUUAAGUGUUUAAAAAUGUAUUUUGUUUAUUAACUCUAUAGUACUAUAAUGAGAUUUUUAAAAACACUUUUGAAUUACAAAUAUCCAAUUUUAGAACAACUGAGUAUAUGAGUUAUAAAUAAACUAUAAUAACACCGAUAUGUGAUAGUUACCUCGAGAGAUAGAUAUUGAACAUCUGUUAAACACCACCAAGCCCAAGCCCAACCACCAACAACUGUAGUUCUUUUGGUUGAUCCACAAGCACCACCUAAAAAAGAAUAAAUGUUUUAGGUUUUGUAAACAGACAGUGCAAUUUCCCAAGAGGAAAAGUUAUGGGAGGUUCAAGUGUACUAAACUACAUGAUAUACACCAGAGGAAAUAGAAGAGAUUAUGAUGCAUGGGCUGAUGCAGGAAAUUUCGGUAAGCAUAAAUAUGAGUCUAAACAAAAAUAUUUUAUUUGAGUAAUUUAUUUCACUAAAAAUAUUUUAGGUUGGAAUUCAGAUAUAGUACACAAAUAUUUUCUUAAAUCGGAAGAUGCAAAUAUUACUUUACAAGAUCCUGAUUUUCAUCAAAAGGGAGGACUUCUUUCUAUAUCAGAAAUACCUUUUAAAAGUAUAUUGGCUAAAUCAUUCGUCCAAGCUGGUUAUGAGGCAGGAUAUCCUGUAAGAGACUUAAAUGGAAGAAGUCAAAUUGGAUUUAAUUUUCACCAAUUAACAAUGAAAAAUGGUUUAAGGCAUAGUACCAAUGUAGCAUUUAUUCAUCCAGUAAUUAAAAGAAAAAACUUGCAUAUAAGAAAAAAUAGCCAGGUAACAAAAAUUCUGUUUGAUGAAACUGGUCGUAAAGCAAUUGGAGUAGAGUACUACAGGAAAAAAAAAAAAUAUAGAGUUCUAGCAAAGAAAGAAGUUAUAAUUUCAGGCGGAGCAAUUAAUUCUCCUCAGCUACUUAUGUUAUCAGGUAUCGGACCAAAAAAUCACUUAAUAUCAAAAGGAAUAAAAGUUUUACGCGAUUUACCAGUGGGUCGUAAUCUAAUGGAUCAUGUAGCUUUGGGAGGGUUACAAUUCAUUGUCAAUGAUACAAAUACAAUAAGUAGAGACAAAAUUUUGGGAAAUGCCAACAUUAUACAUGAUUAUUUAAAAUACCACAACGGGCCUAUAACAAUACCAGGAGGUACAGAAGCUUUAGCUUUCUUUGACUUGAAACAGCCUAAUAAUGCUGAUGGUCAUCCUAAUCUUGAAUUAUUAUUUAUAAAUGGUGCUCUGGGUUCAGAUGAAACACUUAGAAAAAACUUUGGUAUAAACGAUACACUAUAUAACAGUGCUUUUAAAAAAAUUGAACAAAAAAAUGCAUACAUGAUACUUCCCAUGAUAAUGAGACCAAAAAGCAAAGGAUGGAUAGAAUUAAAAGAUCAAAAUCCUUUUCGAUACCCAGCAAUUUACCCAAAUUAUUUUUCUGAUGAAAGUGAUCUAGAUAUAAUAGUAGGAGGAGUAAGAAUAAGUCAACAGUUAUUAGAAACUAAUGCCAUGAAACGUAUAAAUGCUACAUUGUGGGAUGCUCCAAUACUGGGUUGCAAGCACUUUAAAUUUGACUCAGACGAAUAUUGGAAAUGUGCAGCGCGACACUUGCCAUUUACCAUAUAUCACUUAUCUGGAACAUGUAAAAUGGGACCAAUCGGAGAUCCUACAGCUGUAGUAGAUCCAAACUUAAGAGUCCAAGGAUUUGAAGGCUUAAGAGUUAUUGAUGCCUCAAUUAUGCCUGAAGUACCAGCAGCACAUACUAAUGCACCAACAAUUAUGAUUGCUGAAAAAGGAUCAGACCUAAUUAAAAAAUCUUGGGGUAUAAUCAUUUAAUUAGGCUAUUUAAAAAAUAAAACUUGAAAACUACUAACUGUGAUAAUAAAAAAAUGUAUUAAGACAGA